ACCCAGAUAAUCUUUUUUAUUUUUAGUAGAGACAAGAUCACACUGUGUUGCACAGGCUGUUCUCAAACUAGGAUCCUGUUUUUAUCCCUAGCUGAAAUUUUGUAUUGAUGUGCUUUCGCUAGGAUCUUUUUAAAUGGAAUGUUCGUUGUACUCAAUGGGCCUGUUAAGUAUGUAGACUCAUGAUUUGUAAUUCUGGGAAGUGUUCUUUAUUAGCUCUUUGAAAAUGUCCUGUAUUCAUUUUUCUUCAUACUUUCUUUGGAACUUCUUUAGUAGAUGUUGGACCUUCUAGAUUCUUCCACUAACCCACUAAUGUUCCAGUUAUUACACUCUUUCUUUCUCCCUUCUUCCAUUCUUCCUUUUUUUAUUCUAGGAGAUUUUCUAGACUUUCUUUCCCCAACAUACUGAAUUUUUAAGAUCAAUUUAAUAUUGUUUAUUUCUAAAAACACCUCUUUAUAGAACACUGUUAAUAUUUCAUUGCAGUGAUAAUAGUAAUCUCCUAACUUUCCAUGAUAUUAAUUGUAGUGUUAUAUGGGUGAGUUUUUCUGCUGUUUACCUUGUAUUUUGUUUGAUCUGGCUUUGAUGUUAGGGCUUUCAUCAAAUGUUUUCUGAUCUUUAGCUCUACAUUAAUUUGUGUACAUAAGCGGGGCUUGUAAAAUGGUGGUUUUCACUGUGCAUCAAUCAGUAAUAUAGAUGUGUUUCGUUAGAUGAUUCCAAAUGUUAGCAUCUGUAGGUGUUCUCAUGGUCUUCUCAUUUUUUCAGAAAAUAAUUCUUCCGGGCCUGGUGCAGUGGCUCAUGCCUGUAUUCCCAGCACUUUGGGAGGCCAAGGCGGGUGGAUCAUGAGAUCAGGAGUUCAAGACCAGCCUGGCCAACAUGGCAAAGCCCCGUCUCUAACUAAAAAUAAAAAAAUUAGCCGGGCGCGGUGGCAGGCGCCUGUAAUCCCAGCUACUCGGGCAGCUGAUGCAGGAGAAUCCCUUCAACCCGGGAGGCAGAGGUUACAGUGAGCCGAGAUCGUGCCACUGCACUCCAGCCUGGGCAACAGAGCGAGACUCCAUCCCAAAAAAAAAAAAAAGAAAGAAAAAAGAAAAUAAUUAUUCGAUCAUCUGACACCUAGCAACCACCAGCAUUCUCGGAAUCUAACAGUAGAAGAGCCUCUGUUACACAAGAAGCCUGGGAAGUUUAUAAACAGAUAAAGACACAACAUGAAAGACUUGUAAGUUAAGUCUCAUCUUUCUCUGUGAAAAUACGGACUGAGGGAAAAUUUAGGAAAUAAAGUAUUUCCUCUGAACACAGUCAUUGAUUCUUCAAGACUACCCUUCUGUGUAUGGGACUCAGUUUAAAAGAGUUUGAAACAUAAUUUACACACAAUUUAUACCUAAAUAUGAGAGAAGCUGUAUAAGAACCAUUAAGAAUAUAAAGAGAAUGUUACAUUUUAUCCCUUUUUGUAAUCAUCUCAUCUCAGGGUAAUCAAUGUGAGAAAAGUCUUCCAUCAUAAAUUUAACUUCAUUAGAUACCCGAGAAUUAAUAUUGAAAAUACGCCAUAUGAAUUUAGUGAAUGUGGGAAAGCUUUCAUCCUUAUUAUGAGGGAAAUCUCCUGAUUAAAUUCACGUGCAUGAUAGGCAUGUUGGAAAGUCUUCAGCAUGAAUCAGAUCUCCUUCAGCAUGAUCAAAUUCAUACUGGAGAGAAACCUUAUGAAUGUAAUGAAUGUAGAAAAACCUUUAGCCUGAAGCAAAACCUCAUAGAGCAUAAGAAAAUGCAUACUGGAGAGAAAUCACAUGAAUGCACUGAAUGUGGUAAAGUGUGCUCUCGAGUUUCAUCCCUUACUCUACACCUUAGAAGUCACACAGGAAAGAAGGCAUACAAAUGUAAUAAAUGUGGAAAAGCCUUCAGCCAGAAGGAAAACUUCCUUUCUCAUCAGAAACAUCACACUGGAGAGAAACCUUAUGAAUGUGAAAAAGUUUCUAUUCAGAUGCCAACCAUCAUCAGACACCAGAAAAAUCAUACAGGAACCAAACCCUAUGCAUGUAAGGAAUGUGGCAAAGCCUUUAACGGCAAAGCAUAUCUCACUGAGCAUGAGAAAAUUCAUACUGGAGAAAAACCAUUUGAAUGUAAUCAGUGUGGAAGAUCCUUCAGCCAGAAGCAAUACCUCAUUAAACAUCAGAACAUCCAUACUGGAAAGAAGCCCUUUAAAUGUAGUGAGUGUGGAAAAGCUUUUAGCCAGAAGGAAAACCUCAUUAUACAUCAGAGAAUCCAUACUGGAGAGAAACCUUAUGAAUGUAAAGGGUGUGGGAAAGCUUUCAUUCAGAAGUCAAGCCUCAUUAGACACCAGAGAAGUCACACAGGAGAGAAACCUUAUACAUGUAAGGAAUGUGGGAAAGCCUUCAGUGGCAAAUCAAAUCUCACUGAGCAUGAGAAAAUUCAUAUUGGAGAGAAACCCUACAAAUGUAAUGAAUGUGGAACAAUCUUCAGGCAGAAGCAAUACCUCAUUAAACAUCACAAUAUUCAUACAGGAGAGAAACCCUAUGAAUGUAAUAAAUGUGGAAAAGCCUUCUCUCGAAUCACGUCACUUAUUGUACAUGUGAGAAUUCAUACGGGUGAUAAGCCUUAUGAGUGUAAGGUCUGUGGGAAAGCCUUCUGUCAAAGCUCAUCUCUUACUGUGCAUAUGAGAAGCCAUACAGGUGAGAAACCCUAUGGUUGUAAUGAAUGUGGGAAAGCCUUUUCUCAGUUCUCAACCCUUGCUCUGCACAUGAGAAUCCAUACUGGUGAAAAACCCUAUCAGUGUAGUGAAUGUGGGAAAGCUUUCAGCCAAAAGUCACAUCACAUUAGACACCAGAGAAUUCAUACUCAUUAAAGUUCUCUAUGAAUGCCUUGGAUUUAGCAAAACGUUCAGCAGAUUUUACACUUAAUAGUGUAUUGGAAAAUUCAUUUUACAUUAAAGUGACAUGAAUGUGGGAAGUCCUUCAGCAGCAAUUCAAAACUUAAAUACUAUGAUGUUUAAUAAGUAUUAUAGUAUAAAGAAAACCCAUACCCCCAAAACUCCCACAACAAGCAUUAUCUAUGCUGUACUUCUAGGAGUAUUCUCGUUAAAGUUAGGAUCUAGUCAUGGACGCUACUUAACGUGUUCCUGGAAGGCCUACAGAUGCAUAAGAAAUAGAUAUGAGACGUCUGAGGAUUUGAAAUUAAGAGACAAAAUUAUCAUUUUUGUGAUGUUUUGCUACAUAUAUGACUUGUAAAACUAGAAUUAUCAAAAUUAUUUGUUGUUGAAGCAGUCAUAAAACAGACUGAGACAGAAUAUUGGAUUCAGAAAUAUGUGCAUGAAUAUAUGGGGAAUUGGUAAUUGAUAGAGAUGGUAUCCCAGAUUGGUGGGGAAAUCAUGGAUUAUUUAAAAAUUAAUUGACUCUUCAUAUGGAAAAAUAAUCUCUCCCAUCAUCCUAUGAUAAAAUAUUUUUAUUAUGAAUUCUUGAAGUACCGAAGACUAAAAUGCAAAAAGCAAUACUUAAUAAUAGAACAGUGUUAUAAGAAGAUGUUUUUAAAACCUUAGGGCAGGGAAGAAUUUCUAAAACAUUCCAGAAUACCCAGUAGUUCCACUCUUGAGUAUGGUAGUCCCCUAUUUUCUGCAAGGGAUGGACUCUAAGACCCCCAGUGGAUACCUGAAACCCAGAUAGGACCAAACUCUAUGUCUAUGUUUUUUUCUUAUAUAUACAUACCUAUGAUAAAAUUUAGUUUACAGAUUAGACACAGCAAGAGAUUUAAAACAAUAAUAAACAUAAUAUGGAACAAUUAUAACAAUAUACUGUAAUCAUAAAAGUUAUGUGAAUAUGAUCUUUCUCUCAGAAUACCUUAUUGUACUGUUCUCAACUAUUUAUGAACUGUGGUGACCACAGGUAACUGAAACCAUGGAAAGCAAAGCUGUGGAUAAGGGGGAACUACUAUAUAUAUGCAUAUACCCAAGAAACAUGAACACAGGGAGUCAUGUACUGGUGUGUAGCUGUAUAAUUCAUUGCACCAUGAGUUAUAGUAGCCAGAAUUUUGGAAACAAAUGCCAUCUCUUGUGAAAUAGAUGAAUAAAAUGUGAUAUAGUAACAUAAUAGAGUACUCUCUAGCAGUUAAGUGACAAAUUAAGUCUAUAUAUUAACAGAAAUAUUUAAAAAAUUAGAGUGAAGAAAAAUGAUGAACAUAUUGUAAUGAUGCUUCUGUGAAUUUCAAUAAAAUCAACACUAACCAGCCCUCAUACUAAGAAUUGGUUAUGGAUAAAUGAUGUAAAACUAAAGAAUGGAUUGAAAGGAUAUGUAUGUACUCAAUUCCCAAAAGUGGAGUGGUUACCUCUAGGAAGAAAGGAGGUGGAAGGGAAAUGUUACCAAGCAUGGUAGUUAAAGGAUACUUCAAUUUUGUAUCUAUUUCUUAUUGAAAAGAAACAUUCUAAGUAAACAUAAGGAAAUGUUAAUUCUGGGUGGUGGUAAUAUUUGUGUUCAUUCUAUCAUUCGUGCUAUUUAUUUCCUUAAACUUCUGAAAAUUAAAAAGUCCAGAUAGGAGUGAGGAAGCUGUACAUAAAACAUAAUGGACUUACAUUCCUAGUCAGAUACUAAUAUUCUAUAGAAGAUAUUUCUAAAAUCAUAUCUUUAAAAUAUGAAAUAAUUUUUAAUUGGGGUGGCAACUUAAAUGCAAUUAAACUAACUCAUGUGUCACAAGAGUAAAUUUUACAUAAUCUGUAUGUAGUUCUAAUCUGUAUAUAAUCUUAGAGGUUAUGAUUUGCCACAGGUUGGUUGGAUCACGUACAUUUAAGGAUCAUAUUAUUAAAUAAUAUAUGCACAGACAUGGAGAGAAUUAGUUUUUACUAAAACAUUUAUCAGAAAUUUUAAUACUCUGCAUAACCAGUAUUAGCAUUAGAAAUUAGCCACUUUUAAAAUAAGAAAACUGUGUCACUCUUAAAUUUUUUUUAUAAGCCAUUGAGUAAAACAUUAACUCCUGGAUUUCAUCUUCUCUUUUAACCUGCAGACUACAUGUCUUUCUCAAUUAUGUCAGACACACCCAAGUCAAUCGCAACCCCCUUGUUACCUUGGGAAGAUAGUGCUGAAAAAGGAGAUCUUCCACCUAAACAGUGUUCUUUUAUUUGAAGCAAAUGUUUUUGAGAAUUUCUGUUUACUUGAUUUCUUUCCACAAUAAAUUGACAGAGAAAGCUACUCAUGAUUUUUUUUUUUUUUUUUUUUGAGACGGAGGUUUGUUCUUGUUGCCCAGGCUGCAGUGCAAUGGCACGAUCUUGGCUCACUGCAACCUCCGCCUCCCAUGUUCAAGUGGUUCUCCUGCCUCAGCCUCCUGAGUAGGGGGGUUACAGGCAUGUGCCACCAUGCCCGGCUAAUUUUGUAUUUUCAGUAGAGAAGGAGUUUCACCAUGUUAGCCAGGCUGGUCUCGAAUUCCCGACCUCAGGUGAUCCACCCGCUUCGGCCUCCCAAAGUGCUGGGAUUACAAGCGUGAGCCACCGCGCCUGGCUAUCUUUCAUAUUUUUGAAGUGUUUUGUCCAUGUGCUUGUGUAGCCUUGAAGCCACCAGAAUAACUAGGACUCAAAUUCAGACCAAACCAGGAGGACUAUCUUUUUGUGCCAUGAGUUAGCCAUGGUCCUGGACCCAGCAAAAAGAAUGAUUAUGAUGGUCAGAGUAAGAUGAGCAAUUGCAACAUCAUAUUCUCUAAUAUUGUGUACUGUAAAUUUAUUCAGCUGCCCCUUGUUUACUCACAGUUUGCUUAUUUGCCACCAUAAGAAAUGCUACAAUAAAAAUUCAUGUAAUCACCCCUUCAA